UGUCAACUUCAAAUAUCAAAUGUGCAAAUCGAUAAACGGCAGAGCUUUUCGGGUGUAUGUUAAAAAUCUUAAAUUUUCUUCAAUUGUAAAAUUAUAAUUUAAUCCAAAAAAAACUCAACAUUUGUCUAUUCUAUUAAUAUAUAAUGGGUAAACAAGGUUUCGUUGCGAUAGUUAAAGAUUUAUAUUACGACCCUUUCAAAUGGUCACUUGUGAAGAGUGUUGGAUUUUUCGCAUUCGGUGUAGCCAUCGCGAGCGAGUGCGCUGGCCUUGAAGUGAUGCCCGCCGUUCCACAAUAGUCAAAUUAAAUAUACAGUAAAUCAUAAAAUAACGUUACAAUGCUAAAUUAUUUACUAAUAACGUUAUGCCUAGCACAUGUUGCUGUGUGUCAAGAUCAAAAUCCAAAUAUUGUCGUUAUUUUAACCGACGAUCAAGAUGUUGUGUUAGGUGGCAUGAACCCCAUGAAGAAUGUCCAACGCUUCAUUGGAAACGAAGGGACGACUUUUACGAAUUCCUUCGUGACAUCUCCGAUAUGCUGCCCAAGUCGUGCCAGCUUCCUCUCGGGCCUUCACGUACACAACCACAUGACCUGGAACAACAGCAUCAACGGUGGUUGUUACAGUCGCACCUGGAGGAAACUCGAAACGCGGACCUUUGCUACAGCACUAAAAGAUUCUGGAUAUAAUACGUUUUAUGCUGGGAAAUAUUUGAAUGAGUAUGGUGUGCAUGCGACCGGCGGCCCCGAACAAGUUCCACCAGGAUGGAGCGAAUGGCACGGUUUAGUUGGCAACUCUGUCUAUUACAACUACACCAUAUCUAAUAAUGGUGUUCCUACUUAUUCAAAUGAUCUAUACCUUACUGAUAUAAUCAGGGACUUAAGCUUGAGCUUCAUAGAAAAUCAGACAGAGUCGCAGCCGUUCCUGAUGGUGCUGGCGCCCCCCGCACCGCACCAGCCUUUUACUCCUGCGCCGAGACACAAGGGUGUCUUCGGCAACGUCACCGCUGUCAGACACCCUAAUUUCAAUAUUGCUGUCAAUGAUAAGCACUGGCUCCUAUCAAUGCCCCCUACACCAUUACCCGCUGAGAUGAUACCAGACCUGGACAGAGUGUACCGAAGUCGAUGGGAGAGUCUCCUGGCUGUUGAUGAGAUGGUCGCAGAUGUGGUCGAAGCUUUAGAUUCCAACUCCCUCUUAACCAACACAUAUUUAAUAUACACAUCCGACAACGGAUACCACAUUGGACAAUUCUCUCAAGUUUACGACAAAAGGCAACCAUAUGAGACCGAUAUCCGAGUACCACUCCUUAUAAGGGGUCCUAAAGUUAAAAAAAACGUUACCAGUGACCAACCAGUCUUGAACAUUGAUUUGGCACCAACUAUAAUGGAGUUAGCGGGUCUAUUAGCACCAAAGAGUUUAGACGGAAAACCUAUAAACUUUGAUGUUCAGAGAGAAAAUUUCGAGCGGAAUAUGCUCGUCGAAUACUACGGGGAAGGAAGGGACGGUACAGUCGACCCCAGUUGUCCUUGGAAAUAUGAUAGCGAUAACCUUGCUCAAUGCUACCCGGAAUACGAUUGCAAAUGUCAAGAUUCCAAAAACAAUACAUUCGCGUGCGUGCGACACAUGUCAAAUCGGAUUAACAAGAAAUAUUGCAGUUUCGCUGAUUCUGACAAUUUCACCGAAAUGUAUGACAUCGACAAUGAUCCUUACGAACUGACGAACAUCAUAGACAAGGAAUUACCAUCAGUCAAACAUUGGUACAAACUAAUAUUAUCACAAAUGAUCUCUUGUAAGGGAUACAGCAACUGUGAGGAUCCACUUCAACAACCCAAAAUAUAUGGAUAAGCUACUACUAAUAUACCUACAUUAUUCUAAAGAUUAAUAUUAAUGUAAUGACAGGCCGGUUCAUUAUGAUCCAGAAUACAAAUGUUGUUGGAUCACAGAUGACAGGUGAAAUUAUUUGAUAACUAGAAGUUAUAAACAUUUUCUCUGUUUCAUAUUUUGGUGUUAUGGUUCAUAAUGAACUGUCAUUUCGCUAUUAUUAAUAUUUUUGUUGAUUUGUAGGACACAGUUAAAAGUAAAAAAACGUAGACUAGCUGGGUAAAUAUCACUCGCCAUAAGUUAUUAAAGCACAUAAUAUUAUUAUUAAACCAAAUACGUUAUUACUGUGUUGUGAUGUGGGAAGUGAGCCGAAAUAAUAAUUGAUAAGAUUAAUUGAUAAUAGUUAGCCAAACCAUAGUUACACUAUGGUCGGCAUUUUGAAGCCCUCAUCAAACACGUGAUAUAUCUAGAUAAUGUUACCUCACUUGUUAUUUUAUUAUAUAUAUAACAUCGUGAGGAAAUCUGCAUGUGUCUAUUUUCAUUGAAAUUAUGCCACAUGUGUAUUCUACCACCCGCAUUGGAGCAAUGUGGUGGAAUAAGCUCUAAACCAUUUCCUCAAAAGGGAGAGGAGGCCUUAGCCCAGCAGUGGGACAUUCACAGGCUGAUACUGUAAUAUAGAUAAAUAUGUAGUCGAAGAUAAAUAAUGAAACUAUUCAACAAUAAUUGUAAAAAAAAAACUAUAUUGAUAAUGUUUUCAAAGAAAAUUUGCUGAAUUUAGAUAGCUUGUGUUAUUAAUGGUUAAUAUUGAUAGUUUUAUUCAAUUCAAAUUAUUUAUCGAAUAUAAUUAAAUAAUAAUAAACAUAUUAGACCGACA